AUGACUCCUACUGAGAGCUUGACGGCCGAAUCGGGUCACUCUGAGCCUACCGUCGCGAAUGUCCGAGACGAAGAGUUCUGGUUCGAGGACGGGUCCAUCAUCCUCCUCGUCCAGAACGUCGAGUUUCGCAUCUACAAGGGCCUCCUCACAGAACACUCGUCCGCCUUCGUCGACCUCUUUUCUCUCCCCCAACCGCCGACACAUUCAAGCUGUCCAGUAGUGCGCAUGUCAGGCGACUCAGCACGGGAUUGGCGCCACAUCCUCCGUCUCUACAUGCCACGAAGGCACACAAAGUCCGUCCCAGCCGCAUACAGCCACUCCACUGCCGCUCACACGUCCCUCCCAUCUCACAGCUUCCUCGACCAGUACCCGCCAAUGCUCUCCUUCGAGCAGGUGGCCGCGUACGUCCGCCUGUCCCACAAGUACGACAUGCCGGUCCUCUACCGCGCCUCGCUCGCCCACCUCAAGCGCCACUUCACCGACGACCUCCGCGUCUGGGUCGACCACGGCCUCCGGCCGGCCCCCGGCUUCGCGGACAUCCACGCCAUCGGCGUCGUCAACCUCGCCCGCCUCACCCACGAGCGCACGCUGCUCCCGACGGCGCUGUGGAUGUGCUGCCGACUCGGGCCGGAGCUGCUGUCCGGGUUCGCGUACUCGGACGGCGAGGUGGAGACGCUGGGGGCGGCGGACGUCGCGCUGUGCUGGGCGGCGCGGCCGCGGCUGGUGCAGGCGACGCUGCAACGUUCCUGUCGAUCUACCCGGCGCCGAGCGCGGAGACGUGCAGCGCGGGGGCGCUGGGCGGGGACGACAGCGGGUGCCGGCGGUUCGCGACGAGCUUCCCUCCUCGACGAUCAAUUUCUUGUCACCUUCCCGCGUCCACGAUCCAGCCAGAUAUUCACAUCCAGCGCCCAUUAUUCUGCAUCGAUGCAAUCGGAGGUGAGGCAUUCUCCGCUGCAGGAAGCAGACGAGCGACCCAAGAUCCAAGAUGAUGAGAAGUUCUACUUCGACGAUGGCACUAUCAUCCUGUCCGUGCAAGGUGUCCAUUUCCGGGUGCAUACGGGGAUACUUGCCAUGCAUUCACCCAUCUUCAAGGACAUGUCAACUCUUGGCUCUGCGUCCUAUCAAGCAGGCGACAUCGGAGGGAACCUCGACCCAUGUCCCAUCGUCGAAUUGCAGGAUUCCAUCCACGACUGGCGUCAUUUUCUGCGCGUCAUCUAUAACAUGAAACCAUUAAUGAGUAUCGGGGACGAAACCUACUGUCCCACCUUCGACGAAUUGUCCGCUUACAUCCGUCUUGGCCACAAGUACCAGAUGGACGCCUUUUACAAGCCCGCCAUGAACUAUCUGGAGUGCUUCUUCUCUCCCACCCUCGACCGCUGGAACAAGUGGAACUCUCGGGACGAACCGUACGCGCUCCCCGGAUGCGCUCCCGAGAGCGCCAUCGGGAUCGUCAACCUCGCUCGGCUGACCAGAAAGGAGUCGCUCGUUCCCCUCGCCUUGCUGUCUUGCUGUCAGCUGGGCGGGAAGCUGUUGAAGGGCCUCGCUCGCCCGGACGGGACGUACGAGACGCUUUCUACAGGAGACUUCGAGCGCUGCUUUAACGCCAUACCCAAGCUGACCUCCCGCGGGAUUGAGCAGAUGCAACUUCUGCUCAUCGGUCGACCGGAAGUGUCGUGCCCGAAUGUACGGAUGGACGACGAUGGUGCGGCUUGCAUGGGGGGGAUAUAUGAUUUACUUGAAGACUUCCAAUACGAUUCUAGUCGGUGCUUGCCUAUUCACCCCACCCCGUUCGUUCAACCCGACAUGGACGUGUUCUGCGAGGAGUGUCGCGACCAGAUCCAUAAUCAGUGCAACGAGCUCAACCAUGACACGUUGCCCCGACUAGCGUCAUUCUUCGAUCUCUAG